GAUGGAGCAGCGACAGAAAAUGUUACGUGUGCAUGUAGCUAACGGUUACAUAUUCUAUGCGUUUGUCAUACGCCUGUCAGGUUAGCUGUUCAACUGCAAAAUGCCGAAUUUUCUCAUAUAUGAUGGCAAUAAUGAAAUGUGACAGCUAGUUGGCUCGGCAACUUUAUGGCAAAGAACGUGCGACGUAUAUAGUUGUGAUGCAAAUGCCUGGAAUGAUAAAUCAACCGGAUUAACAGCCUAAAUGACAGCCUGACAAACUUCACGUUAACUGUUUUGUAGUUCGCCUAAAUAUAUUAUGACUUGAGUAUUAAGCUAACGUUGCAUGUAACAAAUUCCACUAUGCCCUGGUAACGUUAAGGGUUCCAAAUAUGUGACAAAAAAUACUUUUGAGGCGAAACGCCACGGAAGAUGAGCAGCUACUGCUGCGUGCUCAGUAGCUAACCCUUUACAUUUCCUCUAAUCUUGUUUAAUGACGCGGUUAAUCAAUGUAUCGGAUGCAAUUCUUCUUUAUUCAUCUCCUGUAUGCGGGCAAAGGUGUCGCCCGAAGGGACGCGAGUCACUUGCUCUAAUCGUUCCCUUAAAAGGCGGGGCAAUUGAAUAUUAUUGGCAGAUAGUGGAGCCAACAAAUUCUCCCAGGGGCUGAUCUUAUUGUGUGUGAUUGACGUGUACAUUACCAAACCAGAAAUCGUAUUUUGUCUUCUGCAACCAAUAUCAAAGUUUCUGGGGAGGGCGCAUCGGUGUGAAGGUAACACCAGGCAGAAGUGCCGUCAACCCGCAACCACUCAGCUGGUAGGAGUCAAGGUUUCGGCUCACAGCCAUUGAGGAAUAUCCUUCAGGGCUGCCCAGCUCUGAUGCUCAAUUGACUGCUUGUUCCCCGGGAUUUACAACAAUGUUGUCACAUGCUCGGCUGCGCUGUUUAUUCUUAAAGUGCUUCGCGAGAUACGAGUGCGUUUGAUUUGCAAACGGGAAAAGGGAUUAUACCUCUAUGGAUCGCGCGCUCGUGAAACAAACGAUCCGACCAUGGUGAAACAGGCGGACCCGCUGUACACGGAGUGGAUUCUGGAAGCCAUACAGAAGAUCAAGCGGCAGAAACAGCGCCCCUCGGAGGAGAGGAUCUGCCACGCGGUCUCGGCUUCGCACGGGCUGGACAGGGAGGCCGUGCUGGAGCAGCUGGAGCUGACCGUUCGCAAUGGCUCCGUUCUCAAGGUCACGAACAAGGGCAGCACAUCGUUCAAAGACCCGGGCAAUGGCGGGCGGGCCACCUUCUUCGGGAAGGACCCGGGUAACGCCGGGCAGCCCUCCCCCCUCAAGCCCGGAAGCUUCUCCGUCCCCCCGGGGAAGCCCGGGUGGGGUCGCGGGGACCUCCGCCACGUGGAUUGGAAUAGGAUUCUGAAGCAGGCGAUCGAAGGCCUGGACGAGCCCGGUGGCUCCUCCCUGAGGAACAUCCAGAGGUACCUGAGGAGCCAGGACAACCCGUCGGCCCGCGACCUGGCGGGCGUCGCCGGCAGCCCCGUCUUCCAGCAGCGCCUGAGGCUGGCGGCCAAGCGGGCCGUGAACAGCGGCAGGCUGCUGAAGACCGGCCCGCUCUACAGAGUCAACUACGGGAGCGCCGGGGGAAGGGCGCCCCCCAGAGGCACCUGCUCGUCACUACCGCCCGUGACCCUGCUCCCGCACGAGAAGGACCAGCCCCGUGCUGACCCCAUCCCCAUCUGCAGCUUCUGUUUGGGCACCAGAGAGUCCAACCGGGACCAGCGUCCUGAACAGCUGCUGUCCUGCGCAGACUGCGGGAGCAGUGGACAUCCCUCGUGUCUGAAGUUCUCCCCCGAGCUGGCCUCCAACGUGCAGGCGCUGCGCUGGCAGUGCAUCGAGUGCAAGACCUGCAGCUCCUGUCAGAUACAGGGGAAGAAUGCGGACGAGAUGCUCUUCUGUGACUCGUGUGACCGGGGGUUCCACAUGGAGUGCUGUGACCCGCCCCUCGACAGGAUGCCCAAAGGGACGUGGAACUGCCAGGUGUGCCGGCCGAAGGGACCGCAGCGAGGGCUGCUGCACAGGCGAGCCGCGCAGAUCAAGCGCCGAUACGCCCGGCCCCGAGGAAGGCCCCGAAAUACCGCCAAACAACAGACAACGUGUACCGCCAGCGAAGAGGGAUCUGUACUGGCGAUGGCUAGAAGGGGGCCCGGUAGGAGGCGAAAGAUUCUGGCAUGUUCCGCAGCCUCGGAUGGUCGUUCGGCAUCUGUGAAUGACCUGAGAAGCAGACUGGGCCCCCACUGGGCGGACAGCGCCCCGAAACUUCCCCCCAACAGGUCCCAUUCGCCCUCCUCCGCAGCGCCUGCUUUUAACAAGAAAACCAAAGGUCUGAUCGACGGGCUGUCCAAGUUUUUCACCCCCUCGCCCGUGGGCCGCCGGUCCCGGGGCGAAGCGGAGGACCUCCCAAAGCACUAUCGGCCGCGGAACCACGGCCUCCACAAGCGGCCAGGCGCGUACCCCUCCGCCAAAACGGCGCCAGACUCCGCCCAAACCCUCGCCCCUCCGCCCCACGCGCCCCACGGUCCUGGCCCUGCCCCCCACCACGGGUCCCCGAAAUCCGCCCCCGCUCACUCCCCCCUCAGCUCCUCCAGCCAAUCCAGCGUGCCGUCCUUCGGCGGUUUCCCUGGCAACAACCAGCUCAAAGGCCUGUUCGACGGACUGUCCCACAUCUUCACCACUCAGGCGCAGUCUCGGAAGAAGGGCCUCCCCAGCUACGCCCCGCCCAAACGGGGGCGGCGCUCGGCGGACCUGUCUUCCACGCCCAAGCCCCACCCCCAGCACCGCGAGGGCAGGCUCGCGCCCCACCCCGCCUCCACCUGUGGGUGGAGCUUGCCGAGGGGCCGCCCCUUUAAAGGGGCGGUGCACUUCAAGCGGGCGCCGUUCCUGAGAAAGUUCCGGGCGCUCGGCAGGCUGAAGUGCAGAGCGGCCCCUCCAAGGGGGACCCCCACUCCCGGGAAGGGCAUCGCCCCGGCCGCCGGAAGAAUUAAACCCGAGCAGGACGACGAGAUGGGAAGCGACGAGGGCGAGCUGAAGCAGGAGGGCGGGGCCUUGAGGAGCGUCGUGCCGGACGGAGUGACACCUGAAGAUCAGGAGGUGUUCAGGAAAACUCAGCAGCUCUGCGCUCAGAAAAUGGGAGGUGUGAACGGUGCCGAUUCUGGGCGGUAUCCGGCUGUUAUCCAGAUUGGAAAGUAUGAGAUACAGACGUGGUAUUCCUCGCCUUACCCACCCGAAUAUUCAAGACUGGAGAGGCUUUACCUGUGCGAGUUCUGCCUGAAGUACAUAAGGAGCCGGAACAUCCUGCACAGUCACUCGAAGAAGUGCGGAUGGUUUCACCCGCCGGCCAAUGAGAUUUACCGCAAGGGCGACCUCUCCGUGUUUGAGGUGGAUGGGAACGCCAGUAAAAUAUUUUGCCAAAACCUCUGCUUGCUGGCUAAGCUUUUUCUGGACCACAAGACCCUGUACUACGACGUGGAUCCGUUCCUCUUCUACAUUCUUACGAAAAAUGACGAGAAGGGCUGUCACCUGGUGGGGUACUUCUCAAAGGAAAAACUUUGCCAGCAGAAGUACAACGUCUCCUGCAUAAUGAUCAUGCCUCAGUACCAAAGGCAGGGAUUCGGAAGGUUCCUCAUCGACUUCAGUUACUUGCUCUCCAGGCGGGAGGGGCAGCCGGGCUCCCCGGAGAAGCCCCUCUCGGAUCUGGGCCGGCUGUCGUACUGGGCCUACUGGAGGAGCGUGAUCCUGGAGUACCUGCACCGCUGCCCCGCGCGGCGCGUCAGCAUCAGAGCCGUCAGCAGGGCCACGGGGAUGUGCCCCCACGACAUCGCCUCCACCCUGCAGCAGCUCGGCAUGGUCCACACGCAGGAGGGCAGGUUGGUGAUCGUGCGCAGGGACGGGCUGAUCCGGAGGCACGUGGAGAAGCUGUGCGAGCGGCCUCGGGCGCACGAGGUGGACCCGGCCUGUCUGCGGUGGACUCCGCCCGCUCGCCCCAAGGCCCCGCCCCCGGAGGCGGAGCUCGGAGAAGACCCCGAGGCCCAGCACUGGGACGCCCACCCUCGGCCUCUCUCCAAGGCCCCGUGCAGGAACUCGUACCGCAGGUCCCUGAUUCGCUACCCCGCCGUCGCCGAGGGUUACGCUCACAGCAGCGAGGAGAGCAGCGGGGACGAGGACGAGGGCGGGGUCCGCGCCGGCUCCGCCCCCACGCCCACCAAGUCCCCGAGCAUUCUGGGGGUCAGGAGAAAGCGCUCACCGGUCCUCAAGCGGAGAAGGGGUCGGAAACGAAAGCGGGUCAACAGCAGCGUCACCACGGAGACCAUAUCGGAGACGACGGAGGUGCUGGACGAGCCGUUCGAGAACUCCGAGGACGAGAGCCCCGCCUUCCCGCCGAAGGGCCCGGGCGGUGGCGGACUGUUCCGGAGAGCCGGCAAGCGCCGGCAGGGCUGGCACAGGUCCACCAGCGACCAGAACACCGACAAUCACAACCACAGAGACCUUGACUAUCAGAAUGAAACCGGAGAGAAAGAUGCAAUUAAAGGCUCCGGUGCGAGGAGGGGGAGGCGGGGCGGUCCCCAGCCCCCCAGGCGCAAGAAGGGCUGGCCGAAAGGCGUGAAGCGCGGCCCCCCGAAGUGGAGGCUGAAGGAGCGGACGGGUUUCAAGCUCAACCUGUACACCCCGCCGGAGACGCCCCUGGAGCCCGACCGCCACAGCCUGCCCGCGGAGCCCCAGGAGGCGUGGGGCGGGUCCCCUGCCGCCCCCAGCCUGGACCCCGAGCCAGACCGGCCGCCUUCCCCGCUCCCGGGACCCAAACCGGGCUCUCCGCUCGACCUGUUCAGCCAGGACCGCACGCCGGACGUCCCCGGGACCGACGACGAUCCCCAGCGGGAGGAGGAGCAGAAAGAGGAGGGGCAGGGGUGCGGCGUGCCGGUGGGCGAGGAUGAGGAGGAGGAAGAGGAGGAGCCCGCGCGGAACGAGGACCACGACGCGGACGACGAAGACGACGGCCACAUCGCGGCGCCGGAGGCGGAGUCCGGGAACGUGGCGGAAGCUUCCGAGGACCUGCCCGAGCUCCCGCCUCCUUACUCGCAGGACGCGGACGCCGGCGGCAGGGACGGUUGCCAGGACGACCUGACGCCUACCGACGUCGCCCAGGCAACUCCGGACAGGGAGGGACCCUGCGCCGACUCCCCCCGCCAGCCCGACUCUGAGUCGGAGGAAGAGGAGGAGUGCAGUCAGGAGGAGGAAGAGCCCUCGGGGUCCCCGGCCCGCGAGGGCCGCGCGGCGUGUGCCGAGAUCGACCCGGAGACGGCGCAGGCCGUCCAGUCGCUGACCCGCGAGGCGGAGCAGGAGAGCGGCUUCCAGGACUGCGCGGAGACGCGGGAGGCGUGCCGGAGCCUGCAGGGGUACGCGCCGCUGGAGCAGAGCCCCCAGCCCGUCCCCGCGGACGAGGGCCUGCCGUCCGAGCACAGCAGCCCCGUGUCGUCCGUGCAGUCCCACCCCGGCCAAUCGGUGCGCUCCGUCAGCAGCCUGGAGAGCAGCUACGCGCAGAUCAGCCCCGCCCACAGCACGGUCUCCGCCCCCUCGCUGCAGAACCUGGAGACGUCCCCCAUGAUGGACGUGCCGUCCGUGUCGGACCACUCGCAGCAGGUGGCGGACAGCGGCUUCAGCGACCUGGGCAGCAUCGAGAGCACCACGGAGAACUACGAGAACCCCAGCAGCUACGACUCCACGCUGGGCACCGGCUCCGCCCAGAGCAGCUGCUCCUACGGCAACCUGCCCCAGAGCAGCUGCGCCGUCACCCAGCAGCUGGCCGAGCGCGCCGGCGUGGGCGGAGCCUACGGCAUGAGCUCCCCGCAGGGGUGCGUGUCGGAGCGCCCGCCCAGCGGCCACCAGCCGCUGUCCCACUUCACCCUGCCCCCGGCCCCGCCCGCGCAGCUGGCCGAGAUGGCGGAGUCCGUGGGCCUGGGGCUGUACGAGCGCCCGGGCCAGGGCGAGUACGGCGGCGGGCAGUACCCCCAGCCCUCGGCCACCUUCAGCCUGGCCAAGCUGCAGCAGCUCACCAACGGCCUGAUGGACCCGCACUCGCUGCCUUUCAGCCACUCCGCCUCCCACCCCAUCACCUCCUACGCGAACAGCACCGCCCCCCUGCCCCCGCCGCUCUCCAGCUCCGCCCUCAUGUCCCACGCUCCACCCCGGCACGCCGCUCCCCAAGCGCACGCCCCGACCAUGACCCCGCCCCCGAACCUGACUCCUCCCCCGACGAUGCUGCAGCGCAGCAUGGCCGCGCCCAACGCGAGCGUUCCGCCCUCGCCCCAGAGGCUGCAGAGCCAUGCCCCUGUGCGGGCCAAGUCCGCCCCGCUGCCCCCGCACCACCAUCACCAGUACCACCACCACCUCCACCACCACCACCUCCUCCAGCAGCAGCAGCAGCAGCAGCAGCAGCAGCAGCAUCAGCAUCAGCAGGUCUACAGCCGAGCAUCACAACACACGGUCAGCAUGCAAGCCCCUGGCAGGACGCUGAACGUGCAGGCGCCCGACAGGACGCCCGCCAUGCAGGCACCCAGCAGGGCACUAACCAUGCAGGCAUCCGACAGGACGUUCGCUAUGCAGGCGCCAAAAAGAACACACGCUUUACAGGCACCUGACAGGACAAUGAACUUACAGGGACCUGACAGGACGCUGUCUUUACAGGGACCUGACAGGACGCUGUCUUUACAGGGACCUGACAGGACACUGUCCUUGCAGGGACCCGACAGAACGCUGUCCUUACAGGGACCUGAUAGGACACUGUCCUUGCAGGGACCCGACAGGACGCUGUCCUUACAGGGACCUGAUAGGACACUGUCCUUACAGGGACCUGACAGGACACUGUCCUUGCAGGGACCCGACAGGACGCUGUCCUUACAGGGACCUGAUAGAACGCUGUCCUUACAGGGACCUGACAGGACACUGUCCUUGCAGGGACCCGGUCAGACAAUUACCUUGCAGGCGUCUGACAGGACGCUUGCCAUGCAGGCGCCCGGCAGGACGCUCCACUUACAGGCACGUGGGAGGACGCUCGCCAUGCAGGCCCCCGACAGGACCCUCGCCUUACAGCCGCCCGGCAGGACGCUCGCCAUGCCGCGCAUGAACGUGGGCGUCAACCUGAUGCCGGCGCCCGCCUACAACGUCAACUCCAUGAACGUGAACAUGGCGCCGCUCAACGCCAUGAGCGGCUACCGCGUGGCGGCCCAGCCCAUGAUGAACGGCGGCUACCACGGCAACCACGCCUACAUGAACCAGUCGCCGCAGUACCCUAUGCAGAUGGGCAUGAUGGGGUCGCAGCCGUACUCCCAGCAGCCCAUGCAGGCCCCGCCCCACGGCAACAUGAUGUACGCGCCGGCGGGUCACCAUGGCUACAUCAACAGCGGCAUGUCCAAGCCGCCAUUAAACCCCUCCUUCAUGAGACCCUGAAAAAAUAACUAUUCUCUGUUUACGGUGUAUUUUUUUCUCGAAAAGUGCAUAUUGUUUUCGAAAUGCACUUUACCCUGGAUUAAUUUGAUUUUUUUAUUUUUUAUUUUUUAUUCCCCCUGAAAAAACCAGCACUUGGUAAGGAUGCAAAAAAAAAAAAAAAAAAAAGAAAGAAGAAAAAAAAAAAAUCUUGACGGCAAGGAUUCUGAGCUUUUUUUUAAUUUUAUUUUUAAAUUUCCUAUUUGUAGGAAAGCCUUACAUCAUUAAAAUGAAAAUGUAUUGGAUUAGCGUUAAUCUCCUUCGACGAGAGGCAGCGCAGGAUUACCCAGCUGCCCCGGGAGACGGCUUCAGCAAGUGAAACUGUGCCGGAGCCUUAUAAUGUGCCUGCUACAAAUACAUUAUCGGAUAUUAGAGCCUUUUACAUGUUACCUGUCCGACAGUCCUGAAGUUUAGUUUUUCUUCUAUACUCAUGCCUUUAUAUAUUUAAAUUAUUGUACAUUAAUUUUUUUAAUGUAAAGUGACACUUAGCAUGCUACGACGUCUUUGUUAGUGACAGUGCAUCAGAUUAGUACUGUACAAGUGUUGUGCUUAAUAGCAAGUCUUUUCUUUUCUUUUUUUUUAAUGUAUGGCCUUGUUAGGUUUCCCUGUAAAAGGGGAGAAAAAAUUAAACUAUAUUUUUGUUAAUUCUAAUGCUGUAAAAAAACAACAAAAAAAAACAAUUGUAAACUUUGUCCCAUUUCAGUUGUUAAGCUUGAAAGGUUUUAUUGCUAAAUGUGUAUAAUUCAUGACUUUUUGUAACAAAUUUCCUUAAACGAGGCAGCUUUCUGUUUUAUAAUGCAAACUGAUUUCUGUCUGAAUAAUAAAGCAUAUCUCAGUGUU